CCUAGAGCGGCUUCGCGGCGCCGGAGUCGCCGCCCCGCCGGGAGUGCGCCUGCGCGACCGCCGGAGCUCUCCACCUCCGUUUCCCCUCCCCCUUGGCCCCCCGCGGGGGCUUCGGGCCAGGCGGGACCAUGUUCACCAGCACCGGCUCCAGUGGGCUUUACAAGGCGCCUCUGUCAAAGAGUCUUCUGCUGGUUCCCAGUGCCCUGUCCCUCCUGCUGGCCCUCCUGCUGCCACACUGUCAGAGGUUCUUCGUGUAUGACCUCCAUGCCGUCAAGAAUGACUUGCAGAUUUGGAGGUUGAUAUGUGGAAGACUAAUUUGCCUUGAUUUGAAAGAUACUUUCUGCAGUAGUCUACUUAUUUAUAAUUUUAGGAUAUUUGAAAGAAGAUAUGGGAGCAGAAAAUUUGCAUCCUUUUUGCUGGGCUCCUGGGUUCUGUCAGCUUUGUUUGACUUCAUCCUCGUUGAAGCCAUGCAGUAUUCAUUUGGCAUUGCUGCUGCUGGUAAUUUGCCUUCUGGAUUCUUGGCACCUGUGUUUGCUCUGUUUGUACCAUUUUACUGCUCCAUACCGAGAGUCCAAGUGGCACAGAUUCUGGGCCCGUUGUCCAUCACAAACAAGACAUUGAUUUAUAUAUUGGGACUACAGCUUUUCACCUCUGGUUCCUACAUCUGGAUUGUAGCCAUAAGUGGACUUAUUUCCGGUCUGUGCUAUGACAGCAAGAUGUUCCAAGUUCACCAGGUGCUCUGUGUCCCCACCUGGAUGGCCCAGUUCUUCUCCUGGACACUCGAGCCCAUCUUCUCCUCCUCGGAGCCCAGCAGUGAGGCCAGAGUCGGGAUGGGUGCCACCGUGGACAUCCAGAGGCAGCAGAGAAUGGAGCAGCUCGACAGGCAGCUGAUGCUCUCUCAGUUUGCACAGUCAAGGCGACAGAGACAGCAGCAGGGAGGAAUGAUCAACUGGAAUCGUCUUUUUCCUCCUCUGCGCCAGCGAAGGAAUAUUAACUACCAGGAUGGACGGCAGUCCGAGCAGCAGGCCUCCCCACCCCUGGAGGUUUCCGAGGAGCAGGUUGCCCGGCUCAUGGAGAUGGGAUUUUCCAGAGGAGAUGCAUUGGAAGCCCUGCGAGCUUCAAAUAAUGACCUCAAUGUGGCCACCAACUUCCUGCUGCAGCACUGAUGGCCCAGCCCAGCCGCCUGGUGACAAGGGCACCGUCCCCAUCCAAGCAGGCCCUGGCGCUUACGCUCUCAUGGAGAAAGGGUGGCCCUUAACUCCAAGUCAGUUACCAUUAUAGUGUCAAAAUAAGUUUGCCAUUAAAUUAGCAUGUAUUUUCUAUCUUUAUUUUUCUAUUGGACAUUUUCCUUGGUUUGGAGACCCCUCACUCAUUCCCAGUGUCUUCAGAAGUGUUAAAACCACAGAUGGCGGCAGCAGCCAAGUGGAUCUCAGGAUGGGGACUCGUGGCUGUUGUCAUGUUCCCUCCCCUCCCCUUACUUCGGGGCACUGUGCCUCAUGCUGCCCGAUCAUCAGACGGUGACGGGAAAAGGCCGUGUCACCUUAUUCUCCGUGGAUGUUUUUAGUCACUGCUUUUGUUCCCCCAGCAUUGUGUUCACAUCCCCUGGCUGCUUCCGUCCCCACACUUGACAGGGGCCAUGCAGUCUCCACCAGGCCUUGGGGACAGAGAAGCAAGCGCUUGGCCUGGCCCAUUCCAGUCCAGGAGUCCUCCCAACUCCUCCCACUUCCAUUCAGAAUAAUGGUAAUAACCAAGUGCAGACUGGAGGUUCUGGAAUACUCUGUAACAGCUGGGGUUAAUUUUGUUCAGAAAUCCAGAAUUAGCCACUCAGGCUAGGGGGAAGUAGAACUAAGAGAAUAGUCACUUCCUGGACCAGAUUUCGCAGGGAAUGGUUCUCUGGAUUCAGCCCACAGAGAAGGGAGAUGCCUCGCCCACCACUGUCCCGAGGCAGGGCGACCCUGGCCCCAGGCAUUGUGCCACAGUGGCGCAAGGCAGAGCGCGCUGCAGAGGCUCAGGCAGGGAGAAGGCGACAGGCCUAGGUGGCCCACUGUGGGCGCAAACAGCUCUGGAGCGAGUCGAUGAUUAGUGUCAGCAAAUCGUGCGACUAAUGUGUUCCUCAAAGAGCGGCAAUGUAUCAAAUUGAUGCAGACUUAGAUGUGUGAUACUUCAAUAAAGUUUUUAACGUGUUUUA